GCUCGCAGUGUCUCAGUGAAAACAAACAACAUUCAUCAGGCAGCCAAACUUUCGUCUUGGGGUUGAACUGUAACAGCCUUUAAUGGAGCACAGAGAGUAUCGUCUUCCGGAGAAGAGACGCAGGAGCCGCUGUAUUAUUUUAAGUGUCGUCGCUCUCCUGCUCCUGCUUAUUAUCGUUGCCGUUGUGUUGGGACUCAGUCUGCGGCAGAAUACAGACAAUCUAAAACCCACAUUCAUUGCAAGGUGUCAGGAGUUCAAAGGGUACGACUGUGAAAAGAUGUGGGAUGUAUUUGAGCAAGCCUAUGUAGGCCGGGACCCUUGUGAUGUUCCCAUGGAAGCCUAUGACCCUUUCAUUGCCGCCGCCCCCUUGAAACCUGCCUGCAACAGAAUGAUGUUCUGGAGUAAAACCAAGGACCUUGUCCAUGACUUCACGGAGAAGAGAGAUUGUUACGUCACCGUGGAGGACUCUCUGCUGGGGUCUGUGCUGGACGGUAUCACCUGGUGUGGAAAGGAGGGCAGCAGUGAAACAUUCACUACCGGCUGCCCAGGGUGGACAGACUGUGUGAACAACACUGUUCGCUCAUUUUGGAACAGAGUCUCAACUGCUUUUGCAGAAGUUGCCUGUGGUGAUGUCACAGCAAUGCUAAACGGAUCCAUCGUCACACCAUUUCAUCCUGCAAGUAUUUUUGCGAGCAUCGAGGUGAAGAGGUUCGACUACCCCAGGGUGAAAAGCCUGAAUGUUGUUCUGGUCACACAGAACAAAACCGUGACCAACUGCACUAAUGCAUCUUUAAAGAAUUUACAGAAAGAGCUGGAUCAAGGGNGAAGUGUUGGACCAAAUUUGGUGCAGGCUUUGCUUCUAAAAAGGCAUUUGGCAUCUGGAAAAUGA